AGUAAUUUCACAAAUGAGUUGUACUCUAGUGGGCGUCGCACAACCUUUGACAUAUAGGGCACAACACAGGUGAGUGGCAGGAGGUGGAACUCAAACACAGGAAGCUGAGAAAGUUCGGCUGUUUUCUUCCCGAUAUAAACGAAAACAAGAUCACAUUGUUUACGGAGUCCAAAGGCAGAGGAACAUGCCAGAGAGGGGAAGACACCACCAGAGGAGUGACGUGUAUGAUGAGUACAAGAGCAGGGACAGGGAAUACUCGCACAAUGGAGACCACGCUUCAUAUGAUGGCAGAGGCCGCAACCAGAAGCCGAGAGACAUGGACGAGGGAGGCUCUGCUGGUGACAGAAGGGCCAAACAAAACAGACAGAGUGACAUGACAACUACCUCUCACAAUGAGACACCGGUUUACAGAGACCAGGACCAUGAAGCACCCUCAAGACUGGCCAAUGAGACUGCAGGGUAUCACCUUGAAGGGGAGUAUAAUGAACCACAACACAGACAAGCUCUUUACAAUCUCAGAUACAUCUUAACCAGCAGAGGUCUCUGCCAGCUUAUGGAGCUGUUUGUGAAUCUGCUUAUUGUCAUCUGUGCCGGAGUGCCCUACAGCAACAACGGGGGUUACCGUGACCUGGCCAGCCUCGGUGGACUCUACUAUUAUCACUUUGGUGGAGCCAACGCCUUCAGUGGAGCCGAUGCUGACAGGGUGAAGGAGCUGGACCGGCUGUUCCAUCAGCUCUCGCGGCCUCCGUACGUCUUCACCAUGGCCUGCGGUGGGGUUUUAAUGAUCUACGCCUGUGCCAUGCUUGCCCUGGGGAUUUUCAGGGUCCCUUACCGCUGGCCCCCCGUGCUGCUGGGAGAGGCUCUGCUGAACCUCCUGAUUGGCCUGGGCUACAUCCCUGCGCUGGCCUUCUACUUUAUUAAGCUGCAAGGAACCUACAACGACCCCAUCUGUAUGGAGAGAGAGCAGAUGUACAAGAGCAAAGGGCACAAUGGCUUUCAGUGCCAGUUCAACGGUGCAGAUAUCGCAGGAGGUCUCUUUGGGGUGGUGGGGGUGUUUGUUUUCAUCUUUGGUGCAGUGUUAGCUGUCAGAGCUUUCAGGUCAGUGCGGGAGCUAAAGAAGCAAAAGAUGAAUGAGAAUUUUUAAGGCUUUUCUCCUGGGCAUAUUUGAACAAAAGUGGAAUUGAUUACAAAUCCCUGUGACAAGAAAAAAAAAAUGGAAGGUUUUUUGUCAUUAGGUUUCGUGUAUUCACUCUUGUUGAAUGUGAUCUGUAAAUCAGCUUUAUUUUAAUCCAAUUUAUACUUUCAAGUUUUAAAAUUUUAAUUUGUUUAAGACAUUUUAUACCCACCACAGUUCAAGUUUAUACAUGUGUCUUGUCUCUUUCACUGUUUCUAUAAAUGUGUAGAUAUAAUAAAUUACUCAAAUGGUG